AUGGGAGUGGAUAUAACGCCGACGGAUCAACCUCCGGCCUACAUCUAUCGUGUCUGGUCGUGGCGUACCCGAUACAACGAAUUUCUUGGUGGUGGCGGCCACUGGGUUGGCUUUGGUGACUGCGGUCAAGGCGUCCAGUGCGGACUUGAGCAAAAAUGCCUUGCCGCUGAGUACAUCGAGGUAGAGGUAGACUGCGAAGCUGGGGAGUGGAUGUCAGAACUUUCCCACUCUGACAACUCAAGUGACAGUGCCAUCGACCACCUCCGCCACUCAAACCCACACUCACACUCGGACGGCCGAGACGAUGAGGAACCAGGGUACCUUCGGCAAGAAAUCGAAGGAAUCGGAGGCGUGGUGAAGCAGAAGGUUAAGAAAAGGGUCCGCGUCGGUGCUAGUGUUGAGGAACGUGAUGAUGAUCGUGAAACAGCAACAUAUUUGAAACAAGAGACCUCCGGCGCCGUGCGAAGUCGCUGCGGGUGGUGUUCAGGGAUUGUUCCAAGUAACUCUGAAAAAGAGAGCUGUUAA